AUACAUACACCAGUGCGUCUGAUUGAAUUCGCUAUUAGUUGUUUAUGAUUGAAAACAUAAAAUUUUCAUAAUUAUUUUUUGUAUAACUAAAAAGUUAAAUAUGAAUCUAACAAAGAUUUUUAGUUGUUUGAGAGGCGCAAAAUGUGCUCUCACUAGACGAGUGCACGUGUCAUUAUUCGGUAAUGUAAAUACACAAGUAAGAUGUAAGAAUAGUGAAGUUAAACUGGGGAGGCCUAUGGCUAUUGAGACAAAUAGAUAUCGAAAAUUGGAGGAAAAAAUUGGUCUAUAUGGAUACUCCUUACUGGGAGUACCUAUUGUUACAUUUGCACUUGGUACAUGGCAAAUUAAGAGAUGGAGAUGGAAGCUGGAUCUAAUAGAAAAGCUUAAGCAACGUACUUCAGCAGAACCAAUCGAUUUGCCAUCAGACCUAAACGAAUUAAAAGAUAAAGAAUAUUAUCGUAUGAAAGUGAAGGGCAAAUUUUUAUAUGAAAAAGAAUUUUUGAUAGGACCUAGAAGCCUAAUUAUUAAUGGAGAAGUUGUUAAUGAAAAAGAUGGUGGAAUAUUUUCUCGCAAAACAAGUUCGGGAUAUUAUGUGAUUACGCCUUUCAAAUUGGAGGAUCGAGACUUGAUUAUUAUGGUAAAUCGUGGAUGGAUUCCUAGAUGUGAUCACUCAAUAUAUAAAAUGGGAAAUAAGAUUAUAGACCCCGUAGAAAUUACUGGUAUUAUUAGAAUAACUGAAAAGCGACCUCCAUUUGUGUUCAAUAAUACACCUGCGAAAGGUGUAUGGCAUUACAGAGAUUUAAAUGCAAUGGCAAAGAUAGCAGAAGCAGAACCUGUAUAUAUAGAAUUAUUGGCCGAGUAUAAUAUACCUCAAGGUCCAAUCGGAGGCCAAACGAAAGUAACUUUAAGGAAUGAACAUUUGAGUUAUAUAAUCACUUGGUACUCGUUGUCUGCCUGCACGAGUUACAUGUGGUUCCGACAGUUUAUACAGAAAUUACCUCUUAUUUAAAUGCGUUUAGGUAUUUAUAUACCUGCUAUACAUAAAAAAAUAUAGAAAUAUAAUUAUGUGUAUAUAAUAAUUAUUAUAUAUAUUUAGUUAUGCAAUUGUAUAUUUGUCAUAAUAAUUUUUAAUUAUGAUUAUACAUUAUACUAUAUUUCUAAUUAGUUUUCCAAUUACGUAUUUCAUUGUUUUCACAUUAUGAAAAAAUCAAAAUGUAACUACUUGAUUUGUGCGAAAUGAACGGACACAAAACUGGAAAAGAAAUGUAAUUCUUUGAAUUCUUUAUUUCGUAAACAUAAUAACUAAAUGUUCCAUUUCUAGAACAAAAUAUUAUGUAAUUGUUCCCCAGAAAAAAGGCCUCCCUACCUUUCGUUUUCAUAAUAAUAACAACAAUGAUGACUAUAACAGCAAUCGCUACAAGCUUUCACUAACAAAAUCUUUAACAAUGGUCAUGGUAUACAAUAUGGGUGCCCAAUUAGUUAGACCGAAGGGCUAUUUCAAAUUUUGACUAUUGCCCGCGGGUUUUUCCGCUGCGCGCGCUUUACUCACGUCGAAUUUUUUUUGAAAUACGAUUAUAUAUGUUGGAAUACGAUUGUAAGUGCGAGCCGGACAUUGAGCACCCAUGAUGUACAAUAUACUUCCACAAAGUCAGCAUAAAAAUAAAUUUUUAUACAAGUAUGAAAAUAUGCAAUAUAUAAAUUACAUUGAUUUAUAUAAUUAUACUAUCAUAUAAUAUAAGAAUGACAAAUAACACUGACAAUAAUAUAAUAAUAAUAUACAAAAACAGAUCGAACAGGGAACUAGCAAGACAAGUCAGGGCAUAGUAAAGAAUGUGAAAUAAAAUAAAUAUUUCAUUAAGCUCGUUUUUAUGUUCAUAAUUCGUAUCUUUUUUAUAAAUUUUUAAAAAUUUAUGUUGUGUUAUAAUGAGAAUUGAAAUAUUUUGUUUGGUUAAUUUUUUAAUUAAAUUAGAUUAUUUAUAAUUAUUUUCAGAUUUAAAAUUAUUCCAUGAAAUUCGUGUGCCUUAAAGUACAAUAAGAUUGUUAAUUGAUUGUUUCGCUGAGCCUUCAUCGAUAUUUCAUAAAAAGUCAUUGUCAUAAAAUUGAUGAAGUUUCAUUAAGAUUAACAUUUUUGUUUUGUUGGUGUUCAUUAUGUCGUUAUUAUUUUGCGAAGUGGGAUAUACAUUUUACAUCUUUCGCAGGUGUAUUAUCGAGCGUACAUUUUAUUGUCGCGAUAUCGAUGUGAUGUUCUUAAAUUAGUUUAAACACAUUGAUCGCUUUCUUACCUAUAGGAUCCGUUCUUGAAGGCAUAAAAAUAUUACAUGUUUUUAUUUUAUUCAUACACGAAAUGUUUCGGGAGAAUAGGUACAUGAUAAAGAAUUCUAAUUUUGAAAGCAUUCGGAAUUAGCUUUUACUAAGAAAUGAAGAGAUGAGGAUUGCUCAACUUCGUAGAUAUUACAUGUCUCUCUUGGUUGAAACUUUAUAUUUAAUAAAUUUAAGAAUGAUAAAAUAAAAUUUUUUUAUUUAACAAUUGGUAUGAUAUGCGAUUAUAAUCCUCUAAAAAUUUAACUAUCGAAGUUAAUCUCCGAUUUUCGCUUUGACAACAUUCGAUGCACCUUUCUUCGGAAACAUCGUAUACAUAUUUUUCGACUUCGAAAUCUACUCUUGCCUUAAACUUACGAAAUAUGAAAUAGUAGACUUUCUUAGACGUAUUAAUUGUGCUAACUUUAUAUUUGCUAGAUAUACUAUUCAUGCGACGUCUUCGCAACGACUUUGAACAUUGAAGGCAAGUCGCAUAUCGAUUCUCUCGAUCAUCGUACCUUUAUUGAUCCCUCACAUAUUCCUAAGGAUAUGUCCUUAUAUGCUAUUAUCGCAUUGUACUACAUUUUAUCCAUAGUGACUUUCAGUUAUACAUUUAUGGCCGUAAAAAUCACAACGACCAUUAAGGCCAUGGCACACAAAAAUUUAAAGCAGUAAGACGUAAGCAAUAAGGAAAUCAAUGUUGGAUUAAUUACUGCUUACGUUAUGGCCUUACGAACUCUUCUGUGAUUGGUCUAUCGUUUAUUGUUUAUUUAAGUUUUUUUGUGUGCCAUGGCCCUAAUUUUCAGGCAAAUCCUUUGGAGAUGCUCACAUAGACGAUCGUGUUUUAUCUAACUAGGAAACGAAGAACGUAUAUUGAAUGAAAAAAAUCAUUUUUAAUCUGAAAAUAUCGAUAUUUUCCAAUUAAAUGAAACGUGCUACACACUUAGCUAAUUAGCUCUCUAAAACGUGCGCAUUUCGGAAGAAUUCAUAAAAAAAAAAUUUACUAAAUUUUAACAAAUGUUUCAAUAAU